AGCGGGCCGGGGCGGGCAUGGGGAGCCCCGCAGCUUCAGCGCAGAGCCUGGCCACGCGUGUCCCACGUGGCGAGCGCGUGCGAUGCCCCUGGCGGCCGGUGCGGGAGCGGGCGGCUGGGCGGGGCACGGCCCGCUGACCCCGGCGCCGUCUGUCCACAGCUUCCUCAUCGUCCUGGUGUGCCUCAUCUUCAGCGUGCUGUCCACCAUCGAGCAGUACGUGGUGCUGGCCACGGGCACUCUCUUCUGGAUGGAGAUCAUCCUGGUGGUCUUCUUCGGCACGGAGUACGUGAUCCGCCUGUGGUCGGCCGGCUGCCGCAGCAAGUACGUGGGGCUCUGGGGCCGGCUGCGCUUCGCCCGGAAGCCCAUCUCCAUCAUCGACCUCAUCGUGGUCGUGGCCUCCAUGGUGGUCCUCUGCGUGGGCUCCAAGGGCCAGGUGUUUGCCACCUCGGCCAUCAGGGGGAUCCGCUUCCUGCAGAUCCUGCGGAUGCUGCACGUGGACCGGCAGGGCGGCACGUGGCGGCUGCUGGGCUCCGUGGUCUUCAUCCACCGGCAGGAGCUCAUCACCACCCUGUACAUUGGCUUCCUGGGCCUCAUCUUCUCCUCGUACUUCGUGUACCUGGCCGAGAAGGACGCCGUGAACGAGUCGGGCCGUGUGGAGUUCGGCAGCUACGCGGACGCGCUGUGGUGGGGAGUGGUGACGGUCACCACCAUCGGCUACGGGGACAAGGUGCCGCAGACGUGGGUUGGGAAGACCAUCGCCUCCUGCUUCUCCGUCUUCGCCAUCUCCUUCUUCGCGCUGCCCGCGGGCAUCCUGGGCUCCGGCUUCGCGCUGAAGGUGCAGCAGAAGCAGCGGCAGAAGCACUUCAACCGGCAGAUCCCGGCCGCCGCCUCCCUCAUCCAGACGGCCUGGCGGUGCUACGCAGCCGAGAACCCCGACUCGUCCACUUGGAAGAUCUACGUGCGGAAGCCGCCCCGCAGCCUCCCGCUCGCGCCCAGCCCCAAGCCCAAGAAGUCUGUCAUGGUGAAGAAGAAAAAGUUCAAGCUGGACAAGGACAACGGGGUGAGUCCCGGGGAGAAGGCGCUGGUGGUCCCCCACAUCACCUGCGAGCCGCCGGCGGAGGGGCGGAGGCCCGUGCACUUCUCCGUGGACGGCUACGAGACGCCGGUCAGGAAGAGCCCCACCCUGCUGGAGGUGAGCACGGCCCCGUUCCUGCGCAGCAGCAGCUUCGCCGAGGAUCUGGACCUGGAGGGGGAGACGCUGCUGACCCCCAUCACCCACGUGUCACAGCUGAGCGAGCACCACCGCGCCACCAUCAAGGUCAUCCGCCGCAUGCAGUACUUCGUGGCCAAGAAGAGGUUCCAGCAAGCACGGAAGCCGUACGACGUGCGUGACGUCAUCGAGCAGUACUCCCAAGGCCACCUCAACCUCAUGGUGCGCAUCAAGGAGCUGCAGAGAAGGCUGGACCAGUCCAUCGGGAAGCCGUCCCUCUUCAUCUCUGUCUCAGAGAAGAACAAGGACCGCGGGGGAAAUAGCAUUGGCGCCCGCCUGGCCCGGGUGGAGGACAAGAUGGCUCAGCUGGACCAGAGGCUGGUGCUCGUCACGGAGAUGCUCCACCAGCUGCUGUCCCUGCACCAGGCCGGCCCCCCGGGCCACCGGGCCCCCCUGGGGGGUGAGCCCCCAGCGGUCCUGCCCUGCCGUGGCGGCUCUGUCCACCCCGAGCUCUUCCUGCCCAGCAGCGCCCUCCCCACCUACGAGCAGCUGACCGUGCCACCCCGGAGCCCCGACCCGGCGUCCUGACGGGGACUGGGGUGGGCUCGGGGGGCUCGGGGGGCCCGGCAGAGGCAGCCCGGCUGCCGGCCACCUCCUCACUCCCUCCUCCCACGGCCCCAGACGCCAGUGUAGCGGCCACUUCCGGCCAGUGGAGUCCAGCACUCGCCUGUCCGCUCCGAGACCACGGCCCCACCGGCCCUGUGAUGACCGGGUCAGUGGCGGGGCCCAGCUGCACCCGUGGAAGGCCCUGGAGAAGUGCUGGGGGCUGGGGGCUUCCGUGGGGUCCAGCCGGCACACCACGCCCAGGGCCCAGGCCCCGCGGACAGCGUCCCUGUGACAGGAGAGAAGAGACACCGCCACACCCCAGCGGCCAGGCCUGACCCCUCACAGCCGCCCGGGGGGGUGACCUCGGGGAGGGCCUGGGGGCCCAAAU